UAUACAAUUAGAAGCAUGUGACACUGAGUAGCGUAUUCCAUCGCAAGACUGAAUGGCAAAAGUGUUGAUUUAAUGUGUACGUUGAGAAACGGCUUGUUAUCAAGCGGUUAGGUGGUAGUUGCUUCAACUUCAAUUGAUGGCAAUCUGUUUCUUUCAAAUAACAAAUCGACAACCGAAGAAAGUUUAUUGCUAUGCAUAUUUGUGUGAUGUCUUUCGUUGAGUAGGCUUUAACAUUAAGCAUACUGAUUGGAACUUGACAACUUCUUUGUUUACAGUACAGCAAAAGUGGCAAAAGGCAAAAAGGUGUCUGUGGGAGAAGUGCCAUUGAUAUAUUACAUUGCCACUGUCGAAAGUCCGCUUCUCGAAGGCUCAAAAUGCCGACUACGGAAAAGGAAAAGCUUCUUUCUUCAUUGUCAUCUUAUGGUGCAACGAUAACUUACGACGACGACACGAAGUCAAAGCCAUCCAUUUUCUUCACGUCCACUGAUUCCAAAACUAGUUCGAUUUGGGGCUAUCCCGAAAGCGAUUUGCUCAGCAUAGAAAGUGAUCGGUACAUUACCAUCAGCGAAAUAAAGCACGAAAUCAACAAGGCCAAGCGGGCUGCACUUGUGACAUUGAUCUUGACCAUUUUAUUUACUUCGUUAAGUUUUAUUGCAUCACACGAGUCCGGCAGCGCGGCAGCUUUUGGGCUUGCGUUCGAGUCCUUGCUCGCCGGCAUGGCGUCGCUCAUUAUUCUAUGGCGAUUUUGGUCCGUUAAGGAAGUGGAGAUACGUCAACGAAAGCGAGAAUUGAUCGCUCUUUUCAUCAUCGUAGUUUCAUUACUUCUCUCUGGUAUAUCCGUCGGCUUCAAGUCUAUAAGGGCCCUAGUUUGCACAGAGAAGCAUAAGAAAUCUCGAAUGCUUCUCGUUCUAUCGUCAAUAUCAGUUUUUGUAUACGUCACACUGUUUGCUGUAAAAUACAGAAUCGCAAGACGAUUGUCUAGUAGAGCGCUGCGUACGGACGCAAUCGAUGCACUCUGCGCAGGCCUUCUCGCCCUCAGUAUAGUUGUGACGACUUCAACCCGUGAGUUUACAACUAAAGUAUGGUUUUUGGACUCUAUAAUUGCAUUGGGAGUGGCCUUAUUUUCCUUUUGCUACGGUUUGUAUUCUCUGUUGCAUUUCACUCGACUAUGCCAGUUGUAUAGAAAACGAAAAAAGGCAGAGAAUUUGCCAACAACAGAACAUGUUCUUUGUCCAGCUGAAGUGUAAACUAAUUAGCUAAGGGUUAUGACUUUAUGAGAAUGAGGAAAGUUACUGGAAACUUAAUAACUGUUAUGAUUUAAAUUUGCUAUAGAAGUAAUUGUUACGCGCCGUUGUAAUUAAAACAAUUUAAUUUGUUUCGCCGUGAAAUUAUGAUACAUGAGAUGGCUUUUCAGGAAAUCGUGCAUUUGGAAGUAGUGCUCUGCUUAAGAUCAUGAUCGACUUGUAGACACGGUCUUUUGAAAAAUUAUAGCGUUUAAUUGUGCGUCUCUA